CAUGGAAUGAAACCCGUUUAUCCCGAAGAAAUUUGGAAGAUGAACCAAAUAGUUUUUGUAGCAUUCUUGCUGCAAAUAUGCUUUGCCUUUGAUUUUAACAAGUACAAUGCAUUGGAUAAAAUAGAAAAAUACCUGGCGACUUUUAAUUGUAACCAAGGCAAGGUUAAGUCUAAGGUUGAGACCAUCGGUAAAACCUUCGAGGAGAGAAGUAUUUACAUGGUGAAGAUGUUUACUAAGCGGGAGACACGAUGUGGGAGCUGUAAUGGAAAAUCUAAAAAGGCUAUUCUAGUUGACGGUGGAAUACAUCCCAGAGAUUUUAUUUCACAUGCAUUUGUUUUGUACUUUCUUAAUUUCCUAAAAACCACUCAAGCAGGGUUUUACCUUGUCAAAAAGUUUGACUGGUACUUUAUACCUGUGUUAAAUCCAGAUGGUUAUGUAUACGCAAAGAAUGUUGUGCGUCUUUGGAGAAAAAACAGAAACCCGUUUAAUGAAACAUGCAUAGGCACCGACCUGAAUAGAAAUUAUGGAAUGCAGUGGAAUCCAGAAAACGGUGGUUCCAGAAAUCCUUGCAAUGAGCUUUAUUCUGGUCCGUUCCCUUUCAGUGAACUAGAAAGUCAGGCAGAAAGAAAACUUAUGUUGAAAAAGGCUUUUAUUGGUUAUCUAAGUAUACAAAGUUUUGGCCAACUGUGGAUAUAUCCUUGGGGAUUUACAAAAGAUCCGGUACCUGAUAAACCCACCCUCGAUAAAUGCGCUAAAGCAGCAGCAUCAGCAGCGACAGCUCGGAAUGGAGUUGUGUAUAGUUCGAGGCAGACUUCACAAAGAUCUACCUUAGGUGGCCUUUCGUCAGAUUAUGCAAAAGCAGCAGGAAUUAAGUUUCCGUACGAAGUUUUGUUGCGAGACAAAGGGACAUUUGGACAUCUUUUACCCGAAGAUCAAAUUAUUGCAACUUGUGAAGAAACAACAGAUGCAGUAAUUGCUUGGGCAAACUGUGUCUGUGCCGAAAUGAUGUAGAUAGUGAAGACUGAAAUAUUAAAUUGUGUUUAGGUAAACUAAGUACAGAAAUCUUGUUUUUCUUCAUUUACUGCGGAAUUGACUUGAAAUAAAUUCCGAUCCAUGCAUUGAUUUUGCAGCUGCAUUCGCAUUCAAGCAUUUCAAGCUGCAAUUUCUCUUUUUUUUCAUGUAGAUGUACUAAAAAUACGUGAAAUACUUAAAUGCUAAACAGAUUACACUAGUUAUUAAUUGAAUUUCAUUUUUCAUGCAUAAUAACAACGUUUAUGCACUGCAAAUUGCAAAAUGCAAAGAGGGUCGUAUGCCAAAACCAAAUGGACGUUUACAUGUGAAGCAAUUAUAACUUCUGUGCAGUAAUGAUCAGCCAUCUUUUAUGCACACAUUGACUCUUUACUAUUAGAACUGUCAUAAAAUACAAAUAACAUUGUCAUAUUUACUUAGCGGAAUGUGUAUCGGAUGUAUCAAAUGCUACCACAUUAGUACAGUUAUUACAAUUGGACCAAUACAUUUCUAGGUAUUCCAUUCUGUUAGUUUAUGAUUAUAUCACUGGUCUAGCAGGUCAGUACUUCGGAGUUGACAUGCCACCACGCGUGAACUUUAAAGGGGCAUUAGCUGUCAAAUUCAUGUUCACCGAUUUGACUCAAAUUCUCAUAUUUGAUUUAUAACAUACUAAAACGUAUAUCCAAAUUAAAAAAAGUCUAAAUUAAACAAUCAAAAAUGCAUGGACUCGUGUGUAUUUUUGUCUAGACGUCAUCUAAUUAACCAUGUAGAUAACCUCCAAAGACGGCCGACGGUCAUAUAACCCGAUAUAAACAUAAAUAUAAGCAUAAAUAGAUAGCGACAACCUGCAAUUGGAUUUUUCUAGGUCUGUUUGAUUUCAUAUUGUAGGUUAAAAAGUAUGUUUAUCAUCGUUUUUACCUAUAUAAGAGUGAUUUUUUUGUGGAUCAAAUCAGUCAACCAAAUGGUUUAAUCCUUGUUUCACUUUCAAUAUUGACAUUCUUGUCCUUUUAAUAGCUGAAUACAUGUGUAGCCCAUGUCCAGCUAAGGGGUUAAAUUAAAGGUCACAUGGAUGCGGAUUCAAUAAGGUCGAUUUAUUCAUUUGCAAGUGAAUAAUUCAUCAGCGAUGUUCUUAGCUUAUUUUGACAAAAUUGAACCAAAUUGGCUGCUUAAGGCGAAUUUUUAGUUCACUAUUUCACCAAACCAAACAAAAAUGGCAUAUUUUAAUAUUUUUAUAUCUCGAAGCUAAUGCCCCUUUAAAGUUGUUGAAAAUAAUGAUUUCAGAUCCAUCAAUUCUUAUACCCCAGGCCCUAGCACUUUUUUCCACUUUCCUCUAAAAAUGAAAAGUUUAAUAUAGCGAAUGACUCUACUUUUAAUUCAUUGUUUACCAGAAGAAAAAACAGAAGCUUCAUAAAAACCAUGGUUUGAUAUAAACCAUUAAUUAAAGUUUAAGAUAGCAAGUAUCUUUACCUGUAAUGAAAAAAAGAAAAAAAGACUAAUAAUUGUCUUUUCAUUAGCUAGAUCGCUUCCUAUAUGUAAUAAGUGGUUUAAGUAGUCUUUUCAUAUCUAGGGCUGUAAAAAUACACCUAUACAAGGGCAAUAAUAUGAUACAUUUCAAUACAAUACAUAAUCAAUAUCCAACCUUGAAUUAAUGCACUUAUGUAGUAAAAUAGCAAACAACCUUUCUUCUGAGUUGUUUUUGUGUUUAUUAAACCUGUUGUUCCAUUAA